AUGAAUUACGCUUCUGGUAACUCAUACCAUUCGGAGAGGUCUGAAGUGUCAGAAAUGUCUUCUCCGAGAGCAAUCAAUACUCCUUCUCGGCGUAGACCUUCCGUCUCUUUAGAAAGCAAUACUCUUGGCAGAAGUUUUGUCUACAGCAGAAAUGCGGGCUUUCUAGAUUCUUCUCCUCCUACAGUUCAUUCAACGACCUCUGUUCACGAGGACACUGCCAAUUUAGCAGGUGUUGGUGUCGAUGAUGCCGAUGACUCAAUUUCAAAUAGUCGUUCUAAUAGCACAUGGAGUCAGUCUGGUUUGGAUGAUUUGAAUAUUGAUGAGCUGCCGAGCGAGUCUCAAAUUGCACCAUACAGUCAGUUUUCUGAGACACCAUUCAAUGAUGUUUCUCAGGCUCCUCAGGCUCCUCGGGUUCCUCAGACUCCCCAGGCUCCCCAGACUCCUCAGGUUCUAGAGCCCCCAGAAUCCUCACAGUCCUCACGAUCAUACGGAACUAUAACUAGAGACGAUACGACAUCUUCCAUCGUCCUCACAACCACCACACCAACGUCUGCAGAAGUUCCGGAUCUUGAAAACCAGACUCCACCCAAACAGUCGCUUUCGUCUGUCAUUUCAAACCUUCCUCCAGCCAAAACUACAGCUAAAUUAUUCGUUAGAUGCCUCCCACCAGUGUUUCUUGGAGCCUUAUUAAAUAUCCUCGAUGCUCUUUCAUAUGGAAUGAUCAUGUUCCCUGUUAGCGAGUCUGCAUUUAGUUCCAUGACGUCCACUGGACUCUCCAUGUUCUACGUUUCUACUAUUAUCUCUCAACUAGUCUAUUCUCUAGGAGGUUCUUCAUUCAAGUCCGGAAUCGGUUCCGAAAUGAUUGAAGUCACUCCAUUCUUGCAUCAAAUGGCAACCAGUAUCAUGCAUAGUCUUGGUCCAGACAAAACCGAUGCUGCUGUAGCUACUACGAUGGUCACAUUUGCAUUUUCAGCCAUAAUAACAGGCUUAUGCUUCGGUCUAUUGGGAAAAUUCAGGUUGGGAAAGCUUGUGGGUUUCUUUCCUCGUCAUAUUUUGGUCGGAUGUGUAGGUGGUGUUGGUUAUUUCCUUGUCGUUACCGCUAUAGCUGUGUGCUCUCGUAUAGAGGGAAGUAUCGAAUACAACUGGCCCACGCUCCGCUAUCUUUUCCAACCUCUGGUAUUUCUACAGUGGUUUAUUCCACUUUUUUUAACCGUAGUGCUUGUGCUGGCACAGCAUUAUACCAGAAGUCCACUUCUAGUUCCUGCAUUCAUUAUUCUGGUCUUUAUAGGCUUUCAUUUACUUGUCGCGGUGAUUCCUCAGUGGAAUUUGGAUUCUGCUCGCCAGUUUGGCUGGGUUUUCCCUGAACAGGAAGCACAGGAACCUUGGUGGGAGUUCUAUACUCUAUAUGACUUCCCUAAAGUUGAUUGGUGGCUUGUUCUAGGAGAGAUCCCCACCAUGUUGGCUCUCACCUUCUUUGGUAUUCUUCAUGUACCUAUCAAUGUCCCUGCCCUAGCUCUUUCUAUAGGUACAGAUGCAGUUGACGUCGAUAGAGAACUUCUGGCUCAUGGAGUCAGUAACGUUCUAUCUGGAUUGGCCGGUUCCAUACAAAACUACUUGGUCUAUACCAACUCUGUCAUGUUUAUUCGGGCCGGUGCAGAUUCACGCAUGAGUGGUGUCAUGUUAGCUGGAGCUACCAUAGGUAUAAUGGUUGCAGGCCCCGGUAUCAUUGGCUACAUCCCGGUAUGUGUCGUUGGUACGUUAGUGUUCUUGCUGGGUUAUGAAUUAGUAAAAGAGGCUCUUUGGGACACACUGGGAAGACUUAGACCCUUUGAAUAUGUAACUAUCGUUGUUAUUGUAGCAACAAUGGGUGCAGUAGACUUCGUCAUAGGAAUUCUGGUUGGUAUUUUACUUGCGUGCUUGAGCUUUAUUGUCGAAGCAGGUAGCAGAGAGGUGGUUAGUGGAAUAUAUACGGGAGAAUAUGCACGUUCCAUCGUGGUGAGACAUCCCAAACAGAUGGAGUUUUUGGAAAGAGUCGGAAGACAAACUUGUGUUUUCAAACUUACCGGUUCUCUCUUUUUUGGAUCCAUUGGAGGUCUUGAAGAGAAAAUUCGUACCCGAUUUAAUCAACAGGCUUGGCAGAAGGAACCAGUUAAGUAUCUGAUUCUGGAUAUGAAUGGAGUUCCUGGUAUCGACUUUUCUGCAGCAGAAGGAUUUAGACGAAUCCGGAAUGUAGUAGUAGAGAAAGAAUGCUAUAUGUUGAUUUCUUCAGUCAAAGAAGACUCUGUGAUAGUGAGAGCUCUUGAAGAUUGUGGUCUUUGGGAGACCGAAGAGCAUAGAGAGCGUGUGCAGCUCUUCAACAAUCUCAACUCGGCCUUAGAGUGGUGUGAAAAUCAAUUCUUGACUGAGGUAGUUGAACUUGCCCGACAAACAAAGCUAUCAAAGCCAAAGUCAAUGUCUGUGAGAAUCGCAUCUGGUGGAACUGGAAGAGGCAAAUCGUUCUCUCAACAGCGACUCCCCAUGGCUCUGCUUCAAGCAGCAGGAGGAAUAUCACCUUCAGAUAACCUGCUUACUCUUCCAGGAUCACCUAGAAACUUGCAGCAGCUUUCUGCUUCACCUCGAAAAGUUCAGCUUCUUUCUGCGGCUCAAAAGUCACUCUCUGCAGAGAGACAAGACCUUAUUUCGACGAUCUCAUCGCCCAAACAGCCCCUUCCAUUACUUUUGAAGGUGAUGCAAGGACUUUCAGACUCUCAAAAGGAGACCUUUUGGGCCAAACUGUGCCCCUACUUGAAGAAAAUACAAACAACGUACGGAGAGAUGAUUUACGAUAAAAACCACAGUCAACCUGCCGUAUUUUUUGUGGAGCAUGGACUUGUGGAGUACGAAAUCUCUUUCAAUAAUAUGCAGUUCUCCCUAAAAAGCUCUGUUCUUCCUCUCACGAUGUUUGGGGAUGUUGUUAGAAUUCCAUCCGACCGAAGAAUAGUGUACAGAUCUGCUGCACAGUGUACGAUUUGGAAGUUGGAUAAGUCCAAAAUUGACAGAUUGAAAAAGGAAAAUACUGUGCUGUAUGAGCAGUUACUAGUGGUGUCAUUGAGAUUAGCCACACAAAGAUACGAUACUAUUACGUCGAACAUCAUUGUUUCUAGCUGA